AUGCACGAGCUCUUUCUCACUGCCGUCAUCGGCAGCACCGACAUCGAUGCGGCGACUGCUGUCCUCCAGGGCCUGUGCGGCAUGAACGGCUGGAACAACUACCAACGGGUUCUCUUCUUCUCCGGUCCUCCUCAACCUCGCGGCCUCCCUGGCACGCGGUCCAUCCAGCCAUCCCCGUACGGCAGACAGUGGACCGAGCUCAAGCAGCACUUGACGCGACAGUCGUACCUCUUGCAGGCCCGUUAUGAGGUAUCACGGAGUCGCGACUUCGGUGCCCAAGAGGAUGCAAACGGAUCUCCUGCAGGGUCAAGCAAUCUUAACGCGACUCCGGGCAUGUUGAGGUGGGCGGACCUGCCGGAUCCAACCGGUAAUCGGCCUGUGACGCAGCGCAAGAAGGUCGACAUUCCAGAUCAGAGGAAUUUGUUGGCCAUCUUGGCAGACAACAAUCACAGGUUCAAGAGUGAGAUGGUGGAAGAGUCAUUCACCUAUUUCCGAGACAACGUGGAAUAUUCCAUCAUUAGAUAUUACCGGUUGCCCCCGAACCAGGCUCCCGAUGGCUCAGCGCAGCCUCUUCAGAUCCUACCGCCAUGGGAAGAGCUUAGCCUUGUCGACCAAACAGGAGCAUGGUUGCUGGUUGCCAAGAACAGCGUGUUGGAGGACAACUCGCCAGAGAAGAUGCAAAAGGCGCACGACGAGCUGAUGGCCAUCAGGGAAGAACUGGCUGGCGUAUUUGACUUCAAGGCGUUUGACCGGAGGGCGCACGACACAAGAGUGGCUCAGCAGUCCAACAACAUACCUGCCCCACUGCCUCAAACAUUAAGGGCGUGA